CCACCGUGUUACGUCUCCCGUUGUAUCGCUCGCUUCGGGAAUCGGGGCGAGAAAAAACAAACAUAGGGAGGAGGAGUACAAUGCCCUCAUCGAACGCCUUGUGCUCGAUCUGGUCACUCUGAGUCUGGAUACAACGGGACCGACAGCAUAUACAAAGCGAUGCGCGCCAGACGGGGCUCGCUGCAUACCCCGACGUCGCCCUCCCUCCCCACCUUUGCCUCCGGCCAUGGAUCCACCAAGCCAUACCUGACGGCCCCGCGCUCGUGGCUGCGCUGGCCCGCCCUGCGCGCCCUUCGCCGCCGACGUUUGUACCACCUCCUCAAGAUCCUCCUCCCCGUCGCGCUCCUCGGGCUCGUGCUCUUCCUCUGGACUUUCGAGCCGCACAUCGAGAUCCAGCUGCACCGACGGCGGUUCAUUGUCUCGCAGAUCCACCAUAUCGAACCGCUCGCGGGAUGUUUUGACCCCGCCCGCGUGAGCGCGCGCUACAACCUCACCCGCCACCUACAUUCACCCAAGAGCGUGGAGCUCCACCCUGGCACGCCCUUACGCACCUCGCAUGACUGCUACGCGUUCGCGGCGAGCGUCCCUACCUCUCUACCGCCGUCAUCCCCUUACCACGAAGGCGCGGACGACGUCGUGUACUACCACACCUACUGGCGGACGGACCUCGCGCCCUUCGCCGCGCGGCAGGAACACUUCCUCCGCUCCUUCCUCGCCACGCAGCGCCCCGCCGCUCGCCUCAUCCUCUGGUCGAACGGCGACCUGGCUCAGGUCUCGCCCCUAAUCCGGUCCUACGUCGCCCAAUUCCCCGAACGCGUCGAAACGCGCGUCGCGAACGCGCGGGAGCUCGCGCGAGAGACCGCGCUGGAAGGAAGUCCGCUGCUCAAGUCGACGGACGCGCGCGCAUGGGUCGACGGCGAUCUUGUCCGGCUGCUCGUCGUCUGGGCGCUCGGCGGCGUCUGGGUCGACAUGGACACGCUCCUCACGCGCGACCUCGGCCCGCUGCUCGAGCACGAGUUCGUCACCCAGUGGGACUGCUACAACAAGCCCUACAGCCCAUUUAAUGGCGCCCUCUUGCAUUUCCACGCGCACUCGCCCUACCUCUGCGAGGCGUUCCACAUCAUGGCGAACUCGCCACCGCCUCGCGCGAGCUCAACCGACUGGGGCUCGCUGCUCUAUCUCAAGCUAUACCGCCGCUUGCUCGCGGCUGCCUCGCCCGCCGCGCCGCCGUUCAAGGUGCUCCCCUGGUGCUUUACCGAAGGCCGCAGCUGCCGGCUGGACAAUCGGCUCCCGGACCCGUUCGCGGGCGACGACCAGGCGUGGCGCUGGUUCGAUCGUCUCUCUUCCCCCUCCUCGUCAUCGAGUAAGUCGUCGAAGUCGAUGAAGGACGAGGCGGAGUUCGGUGUAGGCGGGAGGGGGUGGUGGCCGUUCGGGGAUAAUGGUAAGAUUCUGGAAGGCGGAAGGCUGGACACGGCGCUCGGGAGGGUGUUCGGCGUGCAUCUCCAUAAUCAGUGGGAGAAGGUGUUUCCGAAGGAUGGCUGGGUCGAGCGGCUGCUCUUGAAGCGAUACGAGGAGAAGCUGGGCGUAGGGCGCGAACGGACUUGACGCUUCAAUGGCGCAGGUUUGUGUGUACAUAUGGGCCCAUGUGUGCUGUGCGUGUAUAUACGCCUACGACAAGUCAAUGGAACCGGUGACGACAUGCGC